AUGUACGCGCCGCUGGAGAGCCAGGGAAUGACGUACCUGGGGCACGUGCAGAGGCGGCACGAGGAGAAGGGCUUCCUCUACGCCUGGUAAAGCACUCGCACCGCCGGUGCACCCAUCGUGAGGCUUCCUGCUGCCGGACGGGUUUCCUCUGCUGCUGCUUCUUCUCCUCUUUGCUCACCUGGUUAAGUCGUGGUUGGCAGCCUUUUCGCCCUGUGCUGCUGCUUCUGCUGCUUCGAGACCUGCGAGUGCUGCUUGGACUGCUUCUGCUGCUGCGACUGA